CAGAGGCGGAGCUUGGCUGCACCCACGUGUGGCGGAGUUAAAUACUCACAGCCCACACCCGCUGGGGCACAGAAGCUAGAAGCUGCACCAUGGCUGGCAAGAAAGUCUGCAUAGUCGGCUCCGGGAACUGGGGCUCAGCCAUUGCCAAGAUCGUGGGUAGCAACGCAGCCCGCCUGGCACACUUUGACCCUCGGGUGACCAUGUGGGUGUUUGAGGAAGACAUCGGGGGCAGAAAGCUAACUGAGAUCAUCAACACACAGCACGAGAAUGUCAAAUACCUACCAGGGCACAAGCUGCCCCCCAAUGUGGUGGCUGUCCCAGAUGUGGUCCAGGCUGCAACAGGCGCUGACAUCCUGAUCUUCGUGGUGCCCCAUCAGUUCAUUGGCAAUAUCUGUGACCAGCUCAAGGGCCACUUGAAGGCCAAUACUAUCGGCAUAUCUCUUAUUAAGGGGGUAGACGAGGGCCCCAAAGGGCUGAAGCUCAUCUCUGAAGUCAUUGGGGAACGCCUCGGCAUCCCUAUGAGCGUGCUGAUGGGGGCCAACAUUGCCAACGAGGUGGCCGAUGAGAAGUUCUGUGAGACAACCAUUGGCUGCAAGGACUCGGCCCAGGGACAGCUCCUGAAGGAGCUGAUGCAGACAGCCAACUUUCGAAUCACUGUGGUACAAGAGGUGGACACAGUGGAGAUCUGUGGGGCCUUGAAGAACAUAGUGGCCGUUGGGGCUGGCUUCUGUGAUGGGCUUGGCUUUGGCGACAACACCAAGGCAGCAGUGAUCCGGCUGGGGCUCAUGGAGAUGAUCGCCUUUGCCAAGCUCUUCUGCAGCGGCUCUGUGUCCUCUGCCACCUUCCUGGAGAGCUGCGGCGUUGCUGAUCUUAUCACUACCUGCUAUGGCGGGCGGAACCGCAAGGUGGCAGAGGCCUUUGCUCGCACUGGAAAGUCCAUUGAGCAGCUGGAGAAAGAGAUGCUGAAUGGGCAGAAGCUCCAGGGGCCCCAGACAGCCCGGGAGCUACACAGCAUCCUUCAACACAAGGGCCUUGUGGACAAGUUUCCCUUGUUCACUGCUGUGUACAAAGUGUGCUAUGAGGGCCAGCCGGUGGGUGAAUUCAUUCACUGCCUGCAGAACCACCCAGAACACAUGUGAGCGGGGCCAGGGCCCGGGACAGGCAGCUCCUUUACCCCAGCGGAGACGAGCAGAAGCUGGCGCCCCGUGUCAUCAGAAUGAUCUCCAGGACCCCCCAGCCAGCGGGGUCCUCACUGAAGGACCCUGAGGACAAGGGGCUGUGGGGCUCAGCUACACACCUGGAGACACAGGCUUCUGCAGAGCCUGCGGCCUCUUGCAGAACUGGCGUCCCUCACUGUCUUCUGGGAAGGCAGAAUCAAGCCCCAGUGCUGCCUGCUCCAGGGCUGGGGUUGGGGGGAAGGGAAGGUUCAGGUCAAGGG